AUGCUGACAGCACUCAUUAGUUUUGCUUGCUUGAUUGCGUUGCUAGCCUAUGCGUAUUUUAGUCUUGCACAGUUUCAAAAAGUGUUGCCAUUCUCUACAAACAACAUCUUGAUUUUAACAGCUCAUCCUGAUGAUGAGUGUAUGUUUUUCGGCCCUACUAUUACUUCUCUUAGGACAUUAACAAAGUCGCGUGUUCAUGUAUUAUGUCUAUCAACUGGUAACGCUGAUGGUUUAGGCUCCAUCAGAAAAAAGGAGCUGGCCAAGAGCUGUCAAAUAUUUGGCAUCCAAACCUCACAUGUGAAAUCUCUCGAUCUACCUGCAUUGCAAGACGGCAUGAAAAAUCAAUGGGAUGCCAGUGUGAUCUCCCAAGUAGUCAAAGAUUACGUAACAAAGCAAAAGAUUGACACUAUUAUCACAUUUGAUGACCAAGGUGUUUCUGGACAUCCCAAUCACAUUGCAGCAUAUAACGGAGCAAGAACAUUUGUACAACAAGAAUCCAGUAUCAAACUCUACAAACUUACUUCUGUUUCUUUGAUUCGCAAAUAUAUUGGUGUGUUUGAUUUGAUGAUUCCUAACAACAGGAAAUCAAUUGAGAUGAUUUCACCUCCAUUUGCCUACCUGACAACGCAUAAAGCCAUGCGCCAACAUUCGAGCCAGCUGGUAUGGUUUAGAUGGCUGUAUGUCACUUUUUCCAGAUACAUGUACAUCAAUGAUUUGAUGGUUGAGAAGCAAGAGGGUUUGUAA